AUGUCUCACAACUACUUCCUCAACAACGCCGGUGCUAGCGAGAAUAUCCGUGGCUUAGAAGCAUGGAUAGUGUGGCAGAAGCUGAACAAUGUCACAAAUUUGGUAGAAACAACAACGGCUGCGAAAAAGGGAUAUUUGGAAGAAAUAACGAAGGCCAUUGACUGGGCAGAAGGGAACGCACGGAAAAUGUUGAAAACUAUGCUUGAAAAUGAAAAGAAGGACGUCAACAAAAUAAACGCUGGUAUCGUAGCUGAAUUUAUCAGCGAGGCUGAAGCUACUUGCAAGGAAAUUCGAAAAGAUUCUCAGUAUGAAAUAAAUAUUAACACUAUCAACAAAAACAUUACAACAAUAAGGAAUCAUCUGGUCACGAUUAUUCCAUCUGUUGAUAUUGAGGACGAGAUGGAAGUAAUUAAUCCCCUACGACCCAUCGCGGCCGGUGUUCUUGAUACGAGUGGAUCAGACAAUCUUUGGACAAAAAUGGUUGCUAAAGAUGGAGCGAAAUUGGUUGACAGGAAAAAGGCUGCGUACAUUUGUAGUGAUGAUAAACGUUGUCUGAUCGACUCCAUCAAGACGCCAAAGGGUUUGGAUGAUGAACCAGAAAGUGUCAAGCUGCAGGUUCAUGCAGCACACAAGUUGUUGGAAAAUCUGCGUUUUAUCUGGCAAAACCCAGAAGGUGUCAACGAUUACAAUGAAGGGACUUAUGUUGUGGACAUUAUUUCACAAUUGUUACAAGUUCUUAGAUAUGGGGAGAAGGCGUUUUGGCUGGCUGAGGAGAUUAGUGAAGCAUCAUCAAGGCAUCACAAAUCUGACAUGCGUGUCAAGGUAAACCUACCUGACAAAGAAAGUCUGGAAAUCUUAUUUCUAGAGAGCUCGCGACCUAAUGCAGAUCUUCGAAAGUUUCUUUUGGAUUGGGUUAAAUUGAUACGCAUGGGUAAGGAUGCACAUGUUCGAAUGUUCGAUACCAUGACGAAGCAUCAGCCAGGGCAACUGGGUAAGUCUAUUGACGGUAAAGAAUUUCUGCGACGAGUGGGUGCUAUACCUAUCUUGUUGAUACAAGUUCAUUGCCUCAAUGUUAAGAUCGCAAUAUUAGAUAGGCCUUAUUGUGUAUAUUAUCAGAAAUUGGAGGAUUUUGUAUGCCGCUGGCUACGUCUUGUAGAAUAUCUCAAUAAGAUUGCUGAUCAAUUGCGGGAUCUCCAGCAAUUGAAAAGAAAGCAGUUCUUUAUUCCAGAUGACUCUGAUGCAAUGA